ACAAUGGUAGAAAUGCAAUCCUGUUUAUAUAUAUUAAUUCUCUCUUCACUAUUAUCAUGUAUUUAUGGUCAAAACAACACACAAUCAGAUGGUAUUGGAAAACGAUUUAGAUUAUGUGACGAUCAUUCACAUUGUAACAACAAUGGACUUUGUUAUCAAGAUUCAGUAAUAGAAACAAGUAAAUUUUGCAGCUGCAAUCAGGAGUAUUACGGAUUCACAUGUGACAAAAACACUGCAAUGGACGAUAAAAUAAUAUAUGGGUUAGCAAGUUUAUGUGUACUGCUGGUUAUCGCCUUGCUUAUAACAAUCUACUUGUUGUGCAGAAGAACAAGAAAAGAAAUUGACGAUGCAUCCAUACAAAAAGAAAAUUUUAAUGGCAUGCUUACUACGAAGCCUGCCAGUCCAAUGUACUCUCACCAUACAUUCCUGGAACUAGACAGAAAAACUUCCGUCGCAAGCUCGAACGGUAAUUUGCCGAAUGAAAAUGUACAGAACGGUCAUGCGUUUGACAUCAAAGAUGGCGGACUCUCUGAAAACACUUCCAACACCUUUCAAGCACCAGAUCUGAACGACGACAAAGAUUCUAUAAAAAAGGAAGAAGAUGAAGAAAAGAUAGAAGAAAAAGAUGUUAUUGUAAACAUUGAAGUUGAAGAAAAAGAUGUUAAGACGACACCACCACCUAAGAAUUUACAUGUUGACUCCACCAUUAAAGUAACACCUAAUGAGAAGCCACGACGAAAUGAUUACGAGCAAGACAGUGUAUCAGCUUACUCUAUGAGUGAAAGUGCUCAUAACUUGAUACCACCAAAAUAUCCUAGAAGACCGACAAGUCAGGAUGGGUCAGACAGCGAGCAAAACAUGGAUGCCAUAUAUCAAGAAUACUACGCUGCACGGGCUGCUUAUACCGCCCCAAGAACUCAGUUGCGGUACGAACCAGAAUUAGUUGUUCGCGACAGAAGAAUACCAAGAUCUCCUGACGCUUACGAACGAUCUUUGUCUCCGAUUUACAACAGAGGUCCAGCAUCGCCAAACGACAGAAGAAUAUCUGUGUCACCAAGUGAGAGGAGCAUGCCUAUUUCACCUACCAGACAAGCUAGACACCGACCAAUGUCACCAGGUUACGAUGUGCAACUCCAUCCUGUACAUGCAGCACGUGGGUAUGCCACCAAUCCUCGUAAUCAAAAUCGACACCAUAUGGUACACCACCAGCGCAGAGACGUCCGAGGUAGAAAGAUGAGCGAUUAUACCGACGCCAACGGCAGAGCAAGAAGUAUGGGUGAUUUAAGUUACUUAGGUAUGGAGCCCGAUUACAGACGCCGAGCCAGAAGUGUCGACGACCUAGACAACAUAAGCUACGCAUCUAGCGUGGAAAACAUCCACACUGGACGAGUAACGCGAGUGUCACCAAAAGCCGCCAUGCAAGCUAGAAGCCCAAGAGGACGUGGAAUAUGGGCGCGAAGUGGCGAGUAUUAAAACUAAAAUCGAUUAGGUGACGUGUAAAUUUUUUAAAAAUUUAGUUAAUUUAUGAAAUUACAUAUAAAUAUUAGAAGUUUUGUAAAGCGAACAGUAAGAAGAAGUAGAAAUUCAGAAACUUGAUUCUAUAUUGAUAUUAACCAAAUUAUUUGCCAGCUCGUGAAAAAAACACAAAAAUCAAUAAAAAUAUAUAUCGCAAUUGCUUCCUUCGGCAAACAAUACGUUUUCGUGCAUUCUUAAAGACGCAUUGAUGAAAGCAACACAACUAUAUUACAUAAGGGGCUCUUUAUAAUGCUAGUAAAAAAGAAAAGUUUUUUCAUUAACUAUAAAUAUAUGAAAUAUAAUAUUAUUGUUAUAAAUAUUGUUUUAUUUAGUGGAAACAUUUUAAUUUAG